UUGGACACGUUCCUGGAUGCGGAGAAGCUAUGGAUGUGAGAGAACUGGUGAUCAGCUAUGCCAGAGCGCGUCAGAGCACCCCAAUGGCAGUCACCCAGUAAUUAUAAUGUCAUUGAUUUGAGCUCUAAAUAUCAGAAAACCCAGCUUUCUGAAAAUUAGGUCUACCACUCACUGACCACCACGUGGAGGUUGAGGAUGAAGACCUAGUCUCAGGAUGGACAUGAAGGUGUCAUUAUGGAAGAGCCCCACGAUUCCACAUGCACAGAAAAAAGAACUCUUGGCUGAUCUUACUGUGAAGAGAAAGUGCAUGCUGUUUGAGUAGCUGGGAAAUCCUACCCUGGGAAGACAAUGGGGUCAUGUAGGGAUCCCACCCCUUCUCUGUGUUUUCACUCUGAAGCUCUAUACAACUUUACACCUGAAUGAACGCCAAACCUCACUGGAUAUAUAAAGGGAACCUUGAAGAGGAAUUUCACAGUUACAGUGCAGAAGCAGAGGGAAAGGAAUUAACCAGGCUCUCCAGCCAAGCAAAUCCUCUCCUCACCAUGCUUCCUCCUGCCAUUCAUUUCUAUCUCAUUCCCCUUGCAUGCAUCCUAAUGAAAAGCUGUUUGGCUUUUAAAAAUGAUGCCACAGAAAUCCUUUAUUCACAUGUGGUUAAACCUGUUCCAGCACACGCCAGCAGCAACAGCACGAUGAAUCAAGCCAGAAAUGGAGGCAGGCAUUUCAGUAACACUGGACUGGAUCGGAACACUCGAGUUCAAGUGGGUUGCCGGGAACUGCGUUCCACCAAAUACAUCUCUGACGGCCAAUGCACCAGCAUCAGCCCCCUGAAAGAGCUGGUGUGUGCCGGUGAGUGCUUACCUCUCCCGGUGCUGCCCAACUGGAUAGGAGGAGGCUACGGUACCAAGUACUGGAGCAGGAGGAGCCCCCAGGAAUGGAGGUGCGUCAAUGACAAAACGCGCACCCAGAGAAUCCAGCUGCAGUGCCAAGAUGGCAGCACGCGCACCUACAAAAUCACCGUGGUCACCGCCUGCAAGUGCAAGAGAUACACUCGGCAGCACAAUGAGUCCAGUCAUAACUUUGAGAGCAUGUCGCCUGCCAAGCCAGCGCAGCAUCACAGAGAACGGAAAAGAGCCAGCAAAUCCAGCAAGCAGAGCCUGAGUUAGAACUCAGACUCUCAAAACCAGACUGGCUAGUAACCAUCUGCUUUACAGAUCUGAUCGCUCGGAAGACUCAAGCCUGCCAUUGCUAUUUUCUUACUUGAAAAUAUAUGCUUUCUGCUUUGAUCAAACCCACCAAGCUGUCCUAAGUAUCAGGACCUUCUCUGGGAAUAGCUUUUCCUUUUCAAGUUUUUCAAGAUGUAUGCAUAUCCUUGAGUGCAAUUCGCAUUUAGAUUCCAUGCGACCUGUAGGUUUAAUUCCUUGUGGUUCUCGAAAGACUGGUGAUAGCUUAUACAUCACUGAAUCAUGGCUUUUUAAAGCAGAAAAGGGCUUCUCGGUUAUCUUCCACUCCCCACUCCAUCCCUCACCCCACACCGUCCCCAACAAAACCCUUUCAAAAUUAAAAAGUUACAAAAAAA